AUCGCCUUUUACUUCUUAGAAUUCGGACUCAAGCCUCCGUUUGGUCAUUGACAGUUUUCUUAUUCUCAUCCUUCAUCUUACAAUUAAAAGCGUUCUGAUCUUUAACACUAUCAUUAAUCACACACAAACAACAAAACAAAACAAUCGCACAAGCCCAUUUGAUCACCACGCAUCACUCCAUUUUCCCCUUUUGAAAGAUCAAACAUGCCGAUCUUAAACGUUCAUGCGGGUUCUUUACCCUCUUUCUCUUUACGAAUGAACGCUUCCGAUUCUUUGGAAUCAAUUCGUCAAAGAAGUGCAGCAAAGAUUCGUUUGGACUUGAAAGAUGGUAUCCCAUUGGUAAUCAAAUACGCUCAUAAAGGUCAAUCUUACACUUUGGAAGAUGAUGACGAUUGGGAUAUCUUUGUGGAACGUUUUGGAAACGAAAAAGAAGCAGACGUAUUCCUCGAAUCUCCUGAAAUUCCAAGCGCACAUGGAGAAGAUGAUGAUUCGGAUGACGUACCAACAGGUCAAUCACGUACAGCAAACAUUCCAGUCGUCAAUGAUUCUACCUUGGUCGCACGUACACCAGGCCGUGGCUCUGGCGGUCCAGUGAGCAUUUAUCGUGUGAACCCAAACCCAGUCACAACUUUGGAAGAAUUCACAGAAGCAGGAGGCGUUUCAGGUGGUGGUCGUGAUUCAAUUUUGUACCCUCCAGCUCGCGAACCUGUUCCUCAUCCAGGUUUCAGCAGACCAGUCGUACCGGAUUUCCCAACCACAACACCAGCAACGGAUGCCAUGUCUAUGCGCAGUAAUCGUACAGCCAAGCCAAAAGGAUAUUCAGCCGAAGUUGCUUCUCUUACACCAUCGCACAAGAUUGCAUUCCAAGAAUUCCAUUCUCAAUUGGGUGUCCGUCUAUUGAAGGGAUCUUUGGGUCCUGUAGAUGAUGUACCGAUGAUGCUCAAGAGCGGUUACAGACAUGUUUAUGUGUCUCGAAGCUUUGCUUUGACACAUGGUUUCAUUCCAAAAGAUACCACACCCGGUACGUACGGAUUCAACGGAAUCACAAAUUUGGGUAAAUGGCCCGUCAAGGUUGGCUCAAAGAGUGUUGCAUGCACAGUCAUGUUGGCCGAAGAUAGUUAUUUCCCAGUCGUUUUGGGACGUAGCUUCUUUGAGAAACGCAAGAUUCGAACAGAUCCAGUUGAUAUGACCAAUGUCGUUUUCAUGGACACGGGAGAACAUGUGGAUGUGGAAGUUGUUGUCGUUCGUGAUGAAAAAGGAGAACCAGUUCCAAUUCCUUGAUUUUUUCUCAGUGUCUAAAGUUCUGUCUUUACUUGCUUCUCUGUUUAAAGCAUACCCAAUGUAUAUCGCGACCUGUGGCUCGGAUAUACCUGCUGAUUCAAUCUGAUAGUCUGUGAUCAAUUGAGUGAGUUCAUGGGGUCAUAUUAAUGAUUUUUAGUGGUGCCUGGUCUGAGCCACAGCUCCUUUCUGCUUUUAUCGCUUGAACUUCAUAUGCUAAUUGCCAUCACAUUCUCGACUUCUUUAACUGAGAAGUAUGUCAGGUACACGCAUGUAAUUCUUAGUCUGUCAAAGCCGCUCAUACGACCAAUGAGCAUGAAAAGUGCACUCCAUUCUUGUUUAUGAUACAAUUGAUGCUCAUUUUGAAGCAUCUUUUCGGUCAACUACAGUGAUACCCAAUAGUCUUGUCUUUUUGGGACCUUUGUUGUCUGUAUUUCCCGGUUCUGACAUUCUCUGUUGCAAGUAAUCAUCCGUGAUCAGUCCAAUAACCCCUACCA